AUGGCACUUUGGGAAUCAUUAGCGAGUAAUGUUUUUGGCGGACUUUCAAACGACUUCAAGAAAAAGAAUUUUUCCCUAUAUGGGCAAUGGAUCAGUAUCUUCACCAUCUUUUUAUGCAUAGCAUUAGGAAUAGCCAACAUAUUCCAUUUCAAUUUGGUCAUUAUUUUUUCAAUCAUAUGUUUGGUUCAAGGGUUAAUUGUUAUAUUUGUUGAAAUACCAUUUCUUUUGAGAAUAUGUCCAUUGACAGACACUUUUACCAAUUUUGUGAGAAAAUUUGAUGGAAACUUACCAAGAUGUGGAUUCUAUCUGUUGAAUGCAGCCAUCCAAUACCUAAGUUUAACAUUGCAAGCUACGAGUUUGAUUGUUGUUGCAGUAUUUUUCACGUUAUCGGCUGCUUGUUAUGCCUUAGCCGCAGCCAAGCAUCAAGAGUAUUUGAAGUCGUCAAUCGACGUUUCUGGUACAGGACAGGGAGGUGCUUUAGAGGCACAAGUUGGAGAGCAUGUCGUUAGAAAUGUGUUGUAG